CUCUUUUUUUUGUUAAUUUGGGGACUAGAUGUUUAAUUUUGAACUAAUUUUGUGUGAGGUUGACUGGGUAGGAGUUCGUAUGCUGAAACCUUGCUUAGGAGGUUUUGGGUUUCUAAGAAAGCUAAGGAAGAGAUCUCCAACAUCGCUCAAGAUCUCUAUGUAUGGAAUUCUACCACCGCUUGGAAGCUCAAGAGGCUAUGCCACUGGUAUUUCAAAUGUCCUUGAAUUCUACUGCCAGAACGUAUCGUCUGGCCACAAUUAUAGGACAGGAUAAAUUUUCUUCUGGAGCUAUAAAAUCCGCAACAGAUUUCCAAGUAUACAAGGAGGUUGCUGGCCUUUCACCGCUUGACUUUGGUUACACAGAUAACACUGCAGUUACCAUACAAAGGACUUCAUUUACCGUUUACAGGUCAACCCUGCAAUACCAAAGUACAAGAGAAACAAAGAUUAGAGGGGCUGCGCCGCCAUUCAAUUACUCGGCCACCUGAGGAGGGUUUGAUCAUAUGCUUCACUUCGGGUACGAGCUCUAUCUACUCUGUUUAUUUGAUCUAAAAGAUUUGUAAUUGAUGUUGCAGCAAUGUCAUUGUAGUACUAAUCCCUAAAUGUAUUUUGUUAAUGUAAAGUUUAUAGAAUACAAAUGCAAACUGAAACACUUAUUUUACCAUGUGUAUUCAGCUGCUUUGAUUGGUUCCUGAAUUAUUUAGAGAUCCGUAUGUUCAAUUGUGGUUUUGCAGAAUUUUCUGAAGUAAAAUAUGCAUUAAAUGUUUUGUGAAAUAGGCAUUUUUGAAUAGGGUAGUUAUGCUACUGGUUUUUGAUGAUAUGCCUAAUGUUUAUUUUGGAUUGAAUUUCAACUUCUACAUAGUUUAUGAUUAGUAAUCUCUCAUGGCAGUUUGGAAAUGAUAAUUUGUUUACGAGCUUCUGUGUGUUGUAAUUGAGUGUG